UCUCUAUCUAUCUAUCUAUCCAUCUAUCUAUCUAUAUAGUUUUCUUUCUUUCCUUCUUUUAUUGAUCAUGAUAAAAUGUAUAAUUAAAGUCUAUAUUAGGUUUUUAUAAUUGGCGUUGAGAGACGAGAGAGAGAGAGAGAGAGAGAGAGAGAGAGAGAGAGAGAGAGAGAAGGAGAGGGAGAGAGAGAGAAAGAGAGAGAGAGAGAGAGAGAAUAUUAUAAACGAUCAUAAAUAAAAAUAAUUACAUAUAUAAAAGAUGGACUUAAGAAAUAAUUUUGUGUCGACUAUAAUACAUGUUGUUUUUAUGAUUUGUAUGUUAAAUAUAUUAAUAAGCUAUGUCCUUGAAUACUAAAGAGCUUUAAUGGUGGGAUGAACUAUGAAUUAGUGGGGAGUUCUAUUAUCGUUAAUGAUCAUAUUUUAUUCACUUCUUUAGUUCUUUUUAAACUGUGAGAGAGGAAAUACUUGCUGUAAUACUAUUCUUUUCAAUUACUCUGUGAACAAUUAAAGCAGUGACUAUCAUUCUUUUUUUCAUUCUUCAUUGUUGUUUCUUUGGAGAAUCAUAUUUUUUUGUUCCUUGAAAUUUAAAAUGGAUUUAUUAAAUGGAUUAUUUUAUUUUAUAGAAUUCGUUGAUCCACGAUUAAAAAACUGGAUAUUAUUUAAUUCGCCGUAUCCAAUUAUUUUUAUUCUAUUUUUAUAUCUUUAUUUUGUUCUCGUCUAUGGCCCGCAAUUCAUGAAGAACAGAAAGCCAUAUACAUUGCGAACGUUCAUAAAAUGUUAUAAUAUAUUUCAAAUAAUGGCAAACAGUUUAAUAAUAUAUAAAUUUUUAAAAAGUGGUUUCAUAUCAAACAUAUUAUCGAGUAAUUGUGAACCUAUUUCUUACAAGGCAGACUCUACUGAUACAGAGAUAUUAGAAGGCUGCUGGUGGGUGCUGUUAACAAAAAUGAUUGACCUAGUUGAAACAGGAAUAUUUGUAUUACGAAAGAGAAAUCGUCAGAUUUCAUUCUUGCAUUUGUACCAUCAUAUCUCAACGUUGAUGAUCUCUUGGUUGUUUGGAAAACACUAUAUCGAUAAAAGAACUGUUUUUAUACCUUUCAUGAAUUGUAGCAUUCAUGUAAUGAUGUACAGUUAUUAUUUUUUUACUACGUUCGGACCAAAUGUCCGAAAAAUAAUCAAUCGAUAUAAAUUCAUACUUACCAUCAUUCAAAUGGUACAAUUCAUAAUAUUGAUAUGUUUCAUCUGGAAAAAAAGUGUAAAGAACUGUGAAUUUGCCAUUAUUCCUAGUUACGUGAUGAUUAUCAAUCUAUUAAUUAAUUUGAUUUUGUUUUUUAAUUUCUAUGAAAAAAAUUAUUCUAUUAAAAAUACGAAGAAAUAUUAAUUUUAAUAUAUUAAAAGUGUUAAUAUUUAUCAUUUAUUAUAUUUUUAUAAAAUGAUAUGAAUAUUAAUUUUAAUGUAGUUAGAAAAUGUUAUUUUCUACUAUCAACAUGAUAUAUAGCCAAGGAAGAUAUAAGAUAUUGAUAGAGUGAACUGGACAGAGAGAGAGAGAGAGAAAGAGAGAGAGAGAGAGAGAGAGAGAGAGAGAGAGAGAGAUCUAAUAAGUUAGUAUAUAAUAAACGGAACGAAUGCAAAAGACAAAAUAUUAAAAAUGAAGAUUACAAGUUAGUUAUUUUUUUCCAUAAACAAUUAAUUGAGCCAUAAACGACUUUUCUUCUCCCGAAUCUAUUAUAUAUAUAUUAUUUAAAUGACAAUAUACAGAGCGUUUAAAUUGAAUUAUUGAUAUGAUGAUUUUCGAAUGCUGACUUAUUAAUUAAUUAGAUUUUUCAUAAAAUAUGAAACAUUAGAUUGUUAGAUAAUUACAAAUUUAUCAGAACGCAGAAUAAUGAUCUAAUAAAAAUAUUAAUAAAUUAUACAUCUCGAAUCCAUUUAAUUUAAUUUUUUUAAUGAGAACCAACGAAAUAUCGAUAACUUAAAAUAAUAUCCCUAGUCGUUAAAGAAAGUUCAUUGGUCUUUCUUUUUUCUUUCUUUCUUUUUCUUUUUUUUUGCUUUUUUUAGUCAGGUUCUUGCUUCAACCGAAACUCGACGUAUUCGUUAGUAUACAAGUUUUCUCCAUUAAAUACAAAUUCCAUUAAUCGAAAAUGAAAAAAUUUACUCGCUUAUUUUCGAGCUUUCGUAAUAAAACGCUUCGAAAAUUACGGAUUAUCUAUUUUCCAAAAAUGUUCGUGGAAGCAAAUGAAGAUAAAUGAUUUGCGUCUUAUGGACGAAACGGAAUGCAAAUUACAAUUCUCAAUACCGUGUACAUAGAAUUAAUUAUUAGAAUAAUUAUAUAGAUGUUUUAUACAUAUUGUUCUCCAAUAUUCUUCUUUUUUAUUUAACAAAAAAUUAUGUCAUAAAAUAAACAUUGAUUAAUACCAUUUUAUAUACGUGUGUCUUAUAACAAGAAAGUUAAGGCAUUUUAUAUUUAAUUUAAGAAGACAUCAAUUUAUGUAUGAAUAACUAAUGUACUUUUUUUCCUUGAUCUCUACGUCAAUAAAGAUCAAGGAUCCAUUAUAAUAAGUCUCGAUUAUGUUUAUAAAUUAAUUAAUUAUUCGUGAAUAAAGUCAUACAAUAAGAUUUGUCAAAUUCGAUUAUAUGCUAAAUAAUAUAAAACUCUAUUGACAAAAUUAUGAACAUUCUUUUUUAUACUGGCUAAUUUGUAGUAUGGAUGGUUGACUUUUUCUUUCUUUUUAUUUUUUUUAAAAGCUUCAAUGAAUUAUCGAAUAUAUAUUUAUCAAAGGAGAUAUAUUUUGUUACGGUUAGGAUGAAAUUAAAAAAUAAUCCUAGAUAUUUCUUUUUAUUGUAAAUAAAGAAAAAGAAAGGAAACGAAAAUAAUGUUUUCUAUGCAAAAAUUAAUCUCAAUCAAACUGAACCCAUGAUGAAAUGACCCAAAAGAUGAUUGAAAAUGUCAUGAUACGAGUAGGACAAAAAAAAAAAAAAAAAAAAAAAAAAGAGAAGGACAUAAAGAAGAAAAAAAAAGAAAAGAAAAAGAUGUUGAACAUAACAGGAAGAAAAAAAAAAUUGAUUUCUUUUGCUCGUAUAUAAACCUUCUCUAGAGAGAUCGCAUAAAUCCAAAAA